UGACGCCACUAAAAGCCGCCCCCUCUCUCAUUCAUUCAGUAAACAUGAUUUCUUCUAUUUUUAUUAUUACCUGCAGCAUUUAACACACAAUGGCGACAAAACGCAAAGUAGAGGUGAUUGUCCCCGCAGAGGAGAGUGACCAGCUGCUUAUCCGUCCACUGGGUGCUGGUCAGGAGGUUGGGAGGUCAUGCAUUAUCCUGGAGUUCAAAGGAAGGAAAAUUAUGCUGGACUGUGGUAUCCACCCUGGUUUGGAGGGAAUGGAUGCUCUCCCCUACAUAGACUUGAUCGACCCAGCUGAGAUAGACCUGCUGCUCAUCAGCCAUUUCCACUUGGAUCACUGUGGAGCUCUGCCCUGGUUCCUCCAGAAGACCAGCUUUAAAGGCAGGACCUUCAUGACCCACGCCACCAAGGCCAUCUACCGCUGGCUACUGUCAGACUACGUCAAAGUCAGCAACAUUUCUGCAGAUGACAUGCUGUACACUGAGACUGAUCUGGAGGAGAGCAUGGAUAAGAUUGAGACCAUCAACUUCCACGAGGUGAAGGAGGUGGCUGGAAUCAAGUUCUGGUGCUAUCACGCUGGUCAUGUGCUGGGAGCUGCCAUGUUCAUGAUCGAAAUAGCUGGAGUCAAGCUGCUGUACACGGGAGACUUCUCCCGACAGGAAGACAGACAUCUGAUGGCAGCUGAGAUCCCAAGUGUCAAACCUGACAUCUUAAUCAUAGAGUCGACCUACGGCACCCACAUCCAUGAGAAGAGGGAGGAGCGCGAAGCUCGGUUCUGCAACACAGUCCAUGACAUUGUUAACAGAGAGGGUCGCUGUUUAAUCCCUGUGUUUGCCCUGGGGCGCGCCCAGGAACUGCUGCUCAUCCUGGACGAGUACUGGCAGAACCACCCAGAGCUCCAUGACAUCCCCAUCUACUACGCUUCAUCCCUGGCCAAGAAGUGCAUGGCUGUGUACCAGACCUACGUCAACGCAAUGAACGACAAGAUCCGCAAGGCGAUCAACAUCAACAACCCUUUUGUCUUCAAACACAUCAGCAACCUCAAGAGCAUGGAUCACUUUGAUGACAUCGGUCCCAGUGUGGUGAUGGCGUCUCCAGGUAUGAUGCAGAGCGGGCUGUCCAGAGAGCUCUUCGAGAGCUGGUGCACCGAUAAGAGGAACGGAGUCAUCAUCGCUGGAUACUGUGUGGAGGGCACACUAGCCAAGCACAUCAUGUCUGAGCCGGAGGAGAUCACCACCAUGUCAGGGCAGAAGCUGCAGCUGAAGAUGUCAGUGGACUACAUCUCUUUCUCUGCCCACACUGACUACCAGCAGACCAGCGAGUUCAUCAGAGCCCUCAAACCGCCUCAUGUGAUCCUGGUUCACGGGGAGCAGAAUGAGAUGGCGCGUCUGAAGGCUGCGCUGAUCAGGGAGUACGAGGAUAACGACCAGGUUCACAUCGAAGUCCACAACCCUCGCAACACAGAGGCUGUCACCCUCAACUUCAGGGGAGAGAAACUGGCCAAGGUGAUGGGCUCUCUGGCUGAUAAGAAGUGUGCGCAGGGCCAGAGGGUGUCAGGCAUACUGGUGAAAAAGAACUUCAACUACCACAUCCUUAAUCCCUCCGACCUUUCUACAUACACAGAGCUGGCUAUGAGCACAGUGAAACAGACCCAGGCCAUCCCCUUCACUGGACCUUACUCACUGCUUGUCUGCCAUCUGAGGAACCUCACCGGUGACGUGGAGGAGCUUGACGGAACCGAGAAGAACACCUUGAGGAUUUUUAAAAACAUCACUCUGAUCCACGAGGUUGGCAUGGUGCUGCUGGAGUGGCUAGCAAACCCUCUCAAUGACAUGUACGCCGACGCCGUCACCACUGUAGUGCUCGAGGUCCAGUCAAACCCAAAAGCGCAGAAAGCCAUGGAGACCCAGAGUGUCAUCAUGGACAUGGACGUCUUCCAAACCCGACUGGCAGUCAUGUUACAGGACAUGUUUGGGGAGGAAUGUGUGGAUUUCAGUGAUGGUAAAAGCAUCUCUGUGACCGUAGAUGGAAAGACAGUUCUCAUCUGCUUGCAAACAAGAUCGGUGUGCUACGAGGAUGAAUGCACAGAAGACGACUCUCUGAGGGAGAUGGUGGAGCUGGCAGUGCAGCGGCUCUACGACGCCCUCAACCCAGUUAUCUGAGAGCAGAGACGGGACUGCAGACGUGUUCAUGGCCAGUCAUCUAUAAACUACUGAAGGACAGUUUCUUAAGCUAAGUCACCACAAAUAUAAAACGAAGAAUACUUCAUCAAAUUCAGUGUUGAAAGUUAACAAGCAGCUUGUAUUAGUGUGCUAAAACUGGAUAAAGUGUUCUCAAGAAUCAGUGAUACAUAUACACUACCAGGAUCUACAGUGUUUUAGUUUGUUUUAGCCCUAAUACAGUUCACAAAAUCAAUCAGCACAUCAGUAUGCACUCACACUUUUACUAACUGUACAUUAAUGAACUUUCAUGACCUGUGACCAUGAAGCUACCAUGUGAAAGAAGGGAAUUAAAUAAGCUGUGUAGGUUGGGUUUGUUUUCAUAGAUUUUAGUGUUCUGUGUUAUGUCAGCACUUUUAAUGAUAUUUAAUAAGUUAACUGUAUUUGUGUAGAUGCACUGUAGGGUUUGUUUGACCUGAGUUUCUUGUUAAUGAGCACUCAUAUGACAGAUUUGUUUACUUUAAGUGUGAUGUGUGUUGUCAACUUCUAAAUGCACUUAUUAUGUUCAUUGUACCAUGUU